AUGAAGUUGCAGCUAGUGGUAUUGCUGAUACUUUGUGUGCUUAGCUCGGCAUUUGGAGCCAUUCUCGGGGUUGAUUAUGGACAACAAUUCACCAAAUCAGUCUUGUUGGCCCCGGGGAUAUCUUUUGAAAUUGUCUUAACUGAUGAAGGGAAGAGAAAAGAUUUUUCAGGAAUAUCGUUGAGAGGAUCAUCUCCAGAGCUGGCUGAAUUGGAACGUGUUUAUGGGUCCCAGAUUGGAUCAUUGUGUACUCGUUUCCCCCAGUCUUGUAUAACUGGGAUUAAACCUUUAUUGGGUAAAUCAAUUAAUGAUCAAGUUACAUUAGAUUAUUUAUCGAACCAUUUUGGGGUUAAAUUAUUGCCUGAUGAUUCGAGAUCAAACGGGAUCAAGUUUGAUUUGGGUUUUGUUAAUCAAUCUUAUCAAUUUGUACCUGAAGAAAUUAUGGCAAUGAAUUUGAAUGAAAUCAAACAAAGAGCUUUAGGUGAUCUUGAUGCUAAUCCUCAUGCUCAGAGCAUUGUGGAAGAUAUCACUGUUUCAGUAUCUCCUUUUGCCACUCACGAAACCAAGCAAUCUUAUUUGGAUGCUAUCAAAUUAGCUAAUUUUUCAAAUCCUUUAGGUUUGGUUGAUGAAGGUACUGCAGUGGCUCUUAAUUAUUUAUCUAAUCGUAAAUUUGAUAAAUCAGAUUUUUCAAAUCAAAAAAUUUAUAAUCUUGUUUAUGACGCUGGUGCUGGUUCCACCACCGCUACUUUAUUUUCUUAUAAUGUCAGUUUUACCGGUAAAGUUACUCUUGAAAUCGAAAGCAUUGGUUAUGAUGAAUCUUUUGGUGGUCAAUUAUUAACCCAAUCCAUUUAUAAUAUCUUAUAUGAAAAAUUCUUACAACAAUUCAAUAUUAAAGAUGCUGAUGACGUAUUACCUCCAAAAGUGGCUUCAAGAUUACAAGAAACUGCCGAAAGGGCUAAGAUCAUUUUAUCGGUUAAUGCUGAUUUCCAAGUCUCUUUGGAAAAUUUCUAUGAUGAUAAAGAUUUUAAAACCGUUGUCACUCGUGAAGAAUUCGAAGAUAUCAAUUCCGAUUUAAUGUCUCGUUCUACUUCUCCAAUAUUAACUGCUUUACGCGAUUGUCCUUCAGGUCCUAAAUCAGUAAAAGACUUACAAUCAGUCAUUCUUAAUGGGGGUUCCACCAGAGUUCCUUUUAUUCAAAAACAUUUAUCUCAAUUAUUAGGCGAUGAUAAGAUUUCUAAAACUGUUAAUGCUGAUGAAUCUUGUGCAUUGGGUACUACUUUAGAGGGUCUUAAAUUGAAAACUCAAUUAGAAAAUCAAAAAGAAAUUAAGCUUAUCGAAAGAUCGUUCCAUAAUUAUGAAACUAGUAUUGAUAAUAUGGAUUCUCAAACUAUAGUUUUCAAAUCUGGUGAUGUUGCUGAUAACUCAACUAAAGUCCCACUUGCUGAUAUGUCCGACAAAAGAGAUGAACUUUCUGUUAACUUAUACGAAGAUGGCCAUUUGAUUAAAAGUUAUGAAUUCAAAGAUUUACAAAAGAAAAUUGAAAAAUUCACCUGCUCUAAAAAUUCAGAUGAUAUCAAAGAAAUCUCUGGGGUUUUCACCUUAGACCACAACAAAAUGUUCGAUUUAACUGAUUUGUACAUUGAAUGUAAAUCAUCCGAUAAACAAAGUGGGGGAUUUUUCAAAAAAUUAUUGAGUAAAGAUGGUGAAGACUCUCAAGCAACUGAAGAUGAAGAAGCUAAGGAAACUGAUUCACCUAAAAACGAAACUUCUUCUAACUCUACAAUUACCAAGUCAAAUACCAAGUCCAAACAACCAAAACCUCUUCGCAUCCCUCUUGUGAAGCCAGCAUACCCUCAUGUGAAGCCUCUUUCUAGAACUACGAAGGACAGAUUAUUUUCUAAAUUAGCUUAUUUAAAUGCUAAAGAUGAAGAACGUAUCAUUUUAGAUCAUGUCAGAAAUAUCUUGGAAGGUCAAUGCUACGAAUUACGUUCUCAUAUUGAAGAUAAUGAAGAAGCCAUCCUUAAGGAAAUUUCAGAAAACGAAUUAGAAGCUUAUCAACAAUUUGUUCGUGAUACUAUUGAAUGGUUGGAUUUUGAUAGCGAUAAUGCUUCUUUGGAAGAACUUCGUGAAAAAAUUAGGGAAUUGAACCAAAAUAAAAAGAAGUUAGAUAGUUUCAUUGAAAUGAACCAAACUGAUUUAUCUCUUGACGGUUUCAAAAAAUUAUACGAAGAAGGUAGUAAAAUUGUUAUGCAAAUCCAAAGUCAUAUGUUGGAAUUUGGUAGCGAAGUAAGUGAGAUUAGACAAAAAUAUGAAGGCGAAGGUUUCGCUUUCGAUAAAGAGAAUGAUCGUAUCAAAUUACAACUAUUAUCAAAAGGUGAUGAAAAUAAAAUGAUGGCUUUAGACAAAAACUUAGCUUCCUAUAGAGAAGAUUUGACAGAAAUCGGUGAUUUAACUGGUAAAGAAAAGAAAUUUAACAAAUUGAGUAAAUUCCAAUUAUACGAAAAAUACGAUGCUUUGGCACAAAAGAUUGUCCAAAUGCUAGCUGAUGUCAAAUCUAUUGAAGAAUCUCAUAAAGCUAGAGUUGGUUUGUUCAAUGCUAAAUUCGAAAAAUUAUUAGCAAGAAAGAAGCAGAAAGAAUACAGAGAAAAAUUAAAGGAAGAAAAGAAGGCCAACACCAAAAAAGAUGAGGAAGAACAAGAGGAAGCUGAUUUCAUUGAAGACGAUGAUAUUGAAGAAGUCAAUUCCCAAACUACUCAACAACAGUCUUCCGAAUCUUCCACCGAAGGUGAAAAGUCUACCGAAUCACCUGUUCAUGAUGAAUUAUGA